ACCUACAGUAACCUUAUGCUCAUUCCCUUCCUUUCAUAACUGGUGAAUUAGUUAUAGAAGAGACAUACGAAAACUAGCCUUUUUCUACUUAAAUAUUUUAAGGUGACAUGUUGGCAAUUAUAACUAAUUAGCAUCAUUGCAAGCUUUGUGUGCUGUGUAAUUUGGAUUAUGCAGCUUAGCUUGUGUGACUAUAAAAUAAUGCGCGGUUUUUAAAGACAGAGAAGCAUUCUCCAGGUUAGAUUUUACAAACAGAAAGUUGAGUGUUAUAAAUUACACCUCCCACAGACCAGAAUUCAUAUCCAUUGGUCAGGGGCAAAUACCAAGGACUCUGUAUGCUCAGUCACUCUGUGCCACUUCAUCAAGUCGGAGCCAAAGAAAUCUUGAAAGAUGAAAAUGCUAGCGAGAAUGGUCCUGGCACUUAUCACCAUUGAUGUUAUAUUGGCUGCACCAACUACAGAGCUCUUCAACUACGACUCAGAAGUAUAUGACGCCAUCUUGGAGGACAGGGAGACCUUUUAUAACUAUGAACACAUUCCUGACAACCAAGUAGAGACGGAGAAAGUAACAGAGAGGCUUUCUGGGAACAGAGAGCUCCUCACCCCAAGCCCACCACUAGGAGACAACCAGGACGAGGAUAAAGAUGAAGAAUCUACUCCUAGGCUGAUUGAUGGUUCUUCCCCACAGGAGCCAGAAUUUCCAGGGCUUUUGGGUCCACACACCAACGAAGACUUUCCCACCUGCCUUUUGUGUACUUGUAUAAGUACCACUGUAUACUGUGAUGACCAUGAACUUGAUGCCAUUCCUCCACUGCCCAAGAAGACUACGUAUUUCUAUUCACGCUUUAACAGAAUUAAAAAGAUCAACAAAAAUGACUUUGCAAGCUUAAGUGAUUUAAAAAGGAUUGAUCUGACAUCAAAUUUAAUAUCAGAGAUUGACGAAGAUGCAUUCCGAAAGCUGCCUCGUCUCCAAGAGCUGGUUCUGCGCGACAAUAAGAUAAAGCAGCUUCCAGAAUUGCCAAACACUUUGACAUUUAUUGAUAUCAGCAGCAACAGACUCGGAAGGAAAGGCAUUAAGCAAGAAGCAUUUAAAGAUAUGUACGAUCUCCACCAUCUGUAUAUCACAGAUAACAGCUUGGACCACAUCCCUCUACCACUCCCAGAAAGUCUGCGGGCUCUUCACCUCCAGAAUAAUGACAUUCUGGAGAUGCAUGAGGAUACUUUCUGUAAUGUCAAAAAUUUAACUUAUGUUCGUAAGGCAUUAGAGGAUAUUAGACUGGAUGGAAACCCAAUCAACCUCAGCAAAACUCCUCAAGCUUACAUGUGUCUACCUCGUUUGCCCAUUGGAAGUUUUAUCUAAUGUUAGAAUGUUAGGCCAACAUCAGAAUUGUGAUGCUUUCUGUAGUCAAGUGAAGCAUAUCUCUCUUCAGAAACCAACUCAGUAUAUUUCAGCUGUGUUAAAAAGUGGGGCAUGAUUAUAUAGACAACAAGGCAAGGGUGGUAGGAUAACAUAAGAGUUCAUGUAACUAAACAUGAUUAGGUAUAAAUUAACAAAAUAUACAGACAGUAAAUGAAAUAACUACAUACUUCAACUAGUUAUCAAAUCUCAUAGAACUGAAAAUUGUAGAUGUUCAAGUCAAGUUAAAUAUGUAAGAAAUAAAACAUUUGAAACGAAUACUUUAGAUAUGUUGCUAAGAUGUAGACAUUUUAAUUAAAGUUCUCUAGUCUUUAUUUUCACUGAUGUGUGUUUCUCACCUAAUUCAUUUAAGAGCA